AUGCGGGCAGCUUGGGCUCCAGGACUGUGGCUGGUUAGCCUCUGGGUCACCUCUCCUGCCCGCUCUCUUCUAGGUGGACCAUGCCCAACCCUGCAACAGGAGGGCCUGAGGUUGGAGGCCAGCGAAGAAUCAUCGGCCAACAUGACGGGCUUCAAUCUCAUUAAGAGGUUCGCUCUCAUGAAGGCCUCCACCAUCAAGAGGAUCCGGAAUCCCAAAGGGCCCUUCAUUCUGAGGCUGGGGAAUGCCCAGCUUGCUCUCCCCACAGCCCAGGUGUUCCCUGGGGGUCUUCCUGACCAGUUUGCAAUAGUGCUGACCGUUCUGCUGAAGAAGCAGACAAGCAAGGACACCUGGUAUUUAUUGCAAGUGACUGACAAGGAUGGGUACCCACAGAUCUCCUUGGACGUGAACGGUCAUGACAAGAACCUAGAGUUCCGGGCCCGUGGCUUGGAUGGUGACUUUGUGUCUUGCAUCUUCCCUGUGGCCCAGCUCUUUGACCUGCGCUGGCACAAGUUGGUGCUAAGCGUGACUGGGCGUGUGGUCUCAGUCCAUAUGGACUGCACAUCCGUCUCUUCCCAACCUGUGGGUCCCUGGCAUGCCGUGCUUCCCGAGGGUCACGUCCUCCUGGGCAUGGAUGCUGAGCAGGGCAAGCCUGUCUUGGUAAGUGCGUUUGAUUUGCAGCAAGCUCACAUCUACUGUGACCCUGCCCUGGUGAUGGAGGAAGGGUGCUGUGAGGUAUCACCAGCUGGGUGCCCUCAAGAGGCCUCCAAAGCCCGACGGGAUACCCAAAACAAUGAGCUCAUCGAGAUCAGCCCACAGGCUCAGGGCAAGGUCUACACUCGAUGCUUCUGCCUGGAGGAGCCGCAGGACAGCAAGGUGAAUGCUCAGCUGUCUGGAAGUUCUGGAGAAAAGAGAGAGAAAGGAAGCAAGGAUUCCUCCUGGGCACAGAAGGCUAUGCCAGCUGAUGAGUGCCCACCCUGUGCCAGCCGUGCCGUGGAGAGCAAUGUCACACUGGGUCCCCCUGGCCUCAAGGGUGGAAAGGGUGAGCGGGGUCUACCCGGCCCCGAAGGACUCAAGGGAGAGAAAGGAGCUCGGGGUUCUGACUGUGUCCGUACCUCCCCGGAGGCCCCUCUCCAGUGUGCCGAAGGUCCCAAGGGCGAGAAGGGAGAUCGGGGAGACUCGGGUCCCACAGGAAUUGCUGGAUCCACUGGGCAGAAGGGUCAGAAAGGAGAGAGAGGAGAUGCAGGCUUCAAGGGUUCAAUGGGGAAGCCUGGCCGAGAUGGCCGGCCUGGGGAGAUCUGUGUCAUUGGACCCAAAGGGCAGAAGGGUGACCCCGGCUUUGUUGGACCAGAAGGACUGACUGGAGAGCCAGGGCCCCCAGGACUUCCAGGACCCCCCGGGAUUGGACUACCAGGAAAACCUGGGGAUCCUGGUGGUCCAGCUGGUCCCAAGGGAGACAAGGGAAGCUCUGGGAUUCCAGGAAAGGAAGGUCCAGGGGGAAAGCCUGGGAAACCAGGGACCCCAGGGCUGAAAGGAGAGAAGGGUGAGCCCUGUGAGGUGUGUCCCACCCUGCCGAAGGAGCUCCAGAACUUCGUGGGACUGCCAGGACAACCGGGCCCCAAGGGGGAGCCAGGAGAGCCUGGACCACCCAAGGACUAUCUGGGCAGCGCUAUGGGGCGGAAGGGCGACAGGGGAGAACCUGGCAUCAGCGGAAUGAAAGGUGAAAAGGGGGAGCCAUGUCUGUCCUGUAGCCCAGCUCAGAACAUCCUGGAGAACAAGGAAGGUUUUGGACUACCUGGAUUCCCGGGGAGAGCUGGGGAGCCAGGCCCAACUGGAAUUAAGGGAGAGAAGGGUAACUUUGGUGAGAUGGGGCCAGUUGGCCAACCGGGGAUUCCCGGAGCCGUAGGACCAGCUGGCAUUAAAGGGGAGAAGGGGGAGCCGUGCGAGCAGUGCCCUUCCCUAUCAGAGACCUAUAGCGGAGCCCUCCCUGGACCCCCGGGCGAGAGAGGGGAACCAGGACAGCCCGGCAUGGGCCAGCCUGGGAAGCCGGGUAAAGCAGGGGAACCUGGACUGAAGGGGCAGAAGGGGGAUGCGGGGAACCCAGGAGACCCCGGGAAGCCCGGCACCGAGGGGCAGCCAGGGCUGUCGGGACAACCCGGGAUCCGGGGCCGCCCGGGGCCCAAAGGAGAGAAAGGAGAUGCCUGCGAUGCCUGCCCCACGCUGCAGGGAGAGCUCCCAGAUGGGGUCGGGAUUCCUGGGAAGCCUGGUGCCAAGGGAGACCAGGGCCCCGAGGGCGUGGGCCGGCCUGGCAAACCGGGACAGCCUGGCCUUCCUGGAGUGCAAGGGCCCCCCGGGCUGAAAGGACUGCAGGGUGAUCCAGGGCCUCCGGGGAUGCCAGUCCAAGGGCCUCCGGGAGAGGCUGGCGCCCAGGGUCUGCCUGGCACAGUGGGACCUCCGGGGCCUCGGGGGCCGCCUGGCUUUGCCGGUGAGAAGGGUGCCAAGGGCUCUGCUGGAGCCAAAGGCACCGAAGGACCCCCAGGACCCCCGGGCCUCAGCGUCACUGGCCCCCCGGGCCGGGAUGGGCCUCGAGGGCAGCCGGGGCUGCCAGGAGCUGGUGGGACGCCCGGAGAAAAGGGAGCCCGGGGGGAAAAGGGUGACCCAGGGGAGUGCUCCUGCCCCCCCGGCUCUCGAGGAGAACCUAUCUUCUCUGGCAUGCCGGGUGCUCCAGGACUUUGGAUCGGCAGCUCUUGGCAGCCGGGCCCUCAGGGUCCCCCAGGAGUUCCUGGACCUCCAGGACCCCCUGGAAUGCCUGGACGGCAGGGAAUACCUGGACACAAUGGUUUGCCUGGACUGCCUGGGCCAGCUGGAGAUUUGGGACCCCUAUCGGCAGAAGCUGAAAGACAUAUCCUUAAGAACAUCUGUGGGGACUGUGCACAGGCACAGACAGGCCUUCCAAGCUCUAGCCUGAUGAAAGGAGAGAAGGGCGACCAGGGCACUCCUGGGGUUCCAGGCAUUGACAACUGCGCCCGGUGCUUCCUAGAAAGGGACCGCCCCCGAGCAGAGGAGGCCAGAGGAAAUGGUGAAGGGGAUCCAGGAUGUGCUGGGAGCCCAGGCCAGCCUGGCCCUCCGGGACUGCCAGGACAAAGAGGAGAAGAGGGUCCACCUGGAAUGAGAGGCUCCCCAGGGCUCCCCGGGCCCAUUGGCCCCCCAGGUUUUCCUGGCGCUGUUGGUUCCCCCGGAUUACCUGGUCUGCAGGGAGAACGUGGUCUCACGGGGCUGACAGGAGACAAGGGGGAGCCGGGCCCACCGGGACAGCCGGGCUACCCAGGUGCCAUGGGACCUCCGGGACUGCCUGGCAUCAAGGGAGAGCGUGGCUACACGGGUCCUGCCGGGGAGAAGGGAGAGUCGGGUCCACCAGGAGCUGAAGGUCUCCCAGGCCCCAUAGGCCCUGCGGGUCCCCGAGGAGAAAGAGGAGCCCAAGGUGGUGCUGGUGAGAAGGGAGACCAGGGAUUUCAGGGGCAGCCGGGCUUCCCAGGCCCACCGGGGCCCCCAGGAUUCCCAGGCAAAGCAGGACCAGCUGGCCCACCUGGCCCCCAAGCUGAGAAGGGAAGUGAAGGAAUUCGAGGACCCUCAGGCAUGCCAGGACCUCCAGGACCUCCCGGACCCCCUGGCAUACAGGGUCCUGCUGGCCUAGAGGGGCUAGACGGAAAGGAUGGGAAACCUGGUUUGAGGGGGGACCCUGGUCCUCCUGGACCCCCAGGACUCAUGGGGCUUCCGGGAUUCAAGGGAAAAACAGGACAUCCAGGCCUCCCUGGGCCCAAGGGUGACUGUGGUAAACCAGGUCCUCCUGGCAGCAAUGGACGACCGGGAUCUGAGGGUGAUCCUGGCCCCAUGGGGCCACAGGGAAGACCCGGACCCCCCGGUCAUGCGGGUCCCCCUGGUUCUCCUGGUCAGCCUGGGCCUUCUGGGAUCAGUGGAAUUGGACUCAAAGGAGAUCGGGGAGCCCCAGGAGACAGAGGUCUUGUAGGUCUUCCAGGUGAACCUGGCUCCCCUGGGCACCCUGGACCCCCAGGUGAGCCUGGAUCGGAUGGAGCGACGGGCAAAGAGGGACCCCCUGGGAAACCAGGACCUUAUGGCCCUGUUGGCCCAAAGGGUGACCCUGGGUCAGCAGGACAGAAAGGCCAGCCUGGAGAGAAGGGGAGAGCUGGCAUGCCAGGAGGACCUGGCAAGAGUGGCUCCAUGGGCCCUGUCGGGCCACCAGGGCCUUCUGGUGAGAGGGGUCACCCGGGUUCUCCGGGGCCCGCUGGAAGCCCAGGGCUGCCUGGACUGCCUGGAACAAUGGCCGAUGUGGUGAAUUAUGAUGAAAUCAAGAGAUUCAUCAGACAGGAGAUCAUCAAAAUGUUUGAUGAGCGUAUGGCUUACUACACGUCCAGGAUGCAGUUCCCCGUGGAGAUGGCUGCGGCUCCUGGCCGGCCAGGGCCCCCAGGAAAGGACGGGCCUCCAGGCCGACCAGGCUCUCCAGGCUCUCCUGGGCUUCCAGGACAGAUCGGCAGAGAAGGCCGGCAGGGCUUGCCGGGAAUGAGAGGGAUGCCCGGGACCAAAGGCGAAAAAGGAGACACUGGCAUUGGCGUUGCUGGAGAAAGCGGUCUCCCUGGCCCUCCAGGACCCCAAGGACCCCCUGGGUAUGGAAAGCUGGGCCCAACUGGGCCCAUGGGUCAACAGGGCAUUCCUGGCAUACCUGGUCCCCCGGGCCCUACGGGCCAGCCGGGGAAGGCGGGCCACUGUAAUCCUUCAGACUGCUUUGGUGCUAUGCCCAUGGAGCAGCAGUAUCCACCAGUGAAAAGCAUGAAGGGGCCAUUUGGUUGAGAUGAUGUGAUGGCCAUCGGCAUCGAGGACUCUGUUGGGACAGCCAAAGCUCUGUGGUCCUUUUGACUGGUUGUGAAUGAUUUUUAAGAUUGCUGUUGAUAUUUUUUAAAGAAAACACUUCCCCCAACACACACACACACACACACACACAUCUCCAAUCCAAAUUGGAGAGCUCACCUCUCCAAUCCCAUGUCUGUCAUUGUUCUCUGUCAGACUGUUCCACAUUCAGGAAAGGAAAUCUCCCUUGUCAUAUGUGCUCAAGCCAGAAAUAGUCUGUAAUGGUGUUUCUCUGCAUGGUCUGUGACUUCACAUUUCCCUUUUUUUUUUUCAGCAGCUUCUCCUUUAGUUUUUCCUUAUGUCUUAUUCCAUCAAGGCGCCUCUGAGCCUCUUGCCCUCUCCUUCUUGGGAUAUUUCUCAGGAGGCUUGGAAAGGCACCGAGGCUCAGCCUUCUGCGUGGCAAGGGAACGUGAGGAAGGUUCAGAAAUGCCACCUCUGAAAACCAUCUUGCCCUGUUGUUCGUCUCCAUGAGUGGCCUGUGACCAAAGUCCUGCCUGGUGUUGCUUUCCCUGUACCUUGGAGAAUGCCAGAGUUUAGUCAGCUGCCUGGCAGUGCCUUCAGGCAUGUUAUCUCUUCUCAUCGGUUCAGUAACUCUCUGAUGAUUGAGGGCCUAUGCAAAAGGGAGAAAGAUAAGCUUAUGUCUCUGGCAGAGACAACUAGGGAAUGCUUGCGGGGGAAAUGAGGUGGAACUUCCUGCCUGCGAUAAUCUCUAGCCCUGUCUUAAAAAAAAAUGCUUCCGACACCCCAUUUUCUGAAAUGCAAAAUUGCAUCAGCUGGGAUUCUAACUCGCUGCCUAUUUCUUUUAUAAGGUAACCCGAGUCUGGUUUGGAAAUCAGCUUGCACCGGGCAUCCCGGGGUCUCUGUCAACAUGGGAGCUAUCCAUUUCAUUUCUAAAUCUGAUGGGGUUUGGUGUUACAUGUCUUGCCUGCCUUUGUAAUAAUGACCAGGUCAAAAAAAAGGCAUUAUAUUCUAUUCCUGCCCCAGCUUCAUCCUUAUUCAUUUUCCAAAUGCUUGAGCCCUCUGACCCAGUGGGCCAGUUGCCCUGAGCAAAAAUAACUAGCAUCAAGAAGGGUUUCCAAAGAAAGUCGCUGACCCUGACUUUCUGGAAGGUUUAUGUAGUGAUGGAUAAACUUCAAAGGGACCCCAGAGGCAGUAAGUUCAGAUACUUAUCUCAAUCCCUUGGAGCUUUCAAAGAGGCUGGCAAGUUGUUCCCAUGAGAUUUCUGCAAUGCCCCUUUUCUAUAUGGGCCUGAAAUACUGUGAGAACUGACCAGCUGGUGGCCACAAGCAGAGGUGUAUUAAGAUCCAUCAGGUCCCUCCAAAUUCCAUAGUGUUUCUAUUGGAACUCCGAGUACAGAUGCAGCUGGCUCUUACUUCGUCCCCGUCAGGGAUGCUUCAUUUACAUGAAUUCCAGUGUGAGCUAUUAAAAAACAAACACAAUCUUUGCAUGGAAGCGUUGGCCAUGUUCUUGGAUACAGGACGUGAGGAGACAGAUGUUGGCGUUCCCAUUGGAAGACUAACUUCCAUUUGCCCAAGUGGGCUUGGGGUAUGGUAGCCAAAGAAAUAGAACUAAGAGGGCACCCACUGUUGUGUUGAGUAGGUUGUCCUAGAAGACUGGGCUAGAGAAACUCCACCAGGAAGCCCACAAUCCAUCCCCUUUCAGCUUAAUAGAGAAUCCCUUCCAUAACAGCAUGGCUCCUCACUUUCUUUAAUGAGUCGUCACUGCUAGUCUAUGGUAAUUAUUCUAGAGAGUCUAGAUUUGAGUUUUUUGUGUGACGGUCUCUCUCACUGGUGUUUGAAGUUGCUGCAUCACCUUGGACCACACAGGCUUGUGGGGAAGAUCUGAGUUUGCCUUCACUUACUAAUGUGGUCGGAGGAAAAUUGGUUGAACCACUCUCAAACUUGCUCAUCAGCUAUUCUGGUCUGGGGUAACCCCAAGAAGGGAGCUGGUCUCUGAAAGCUUUCCUUCCCCACACUGGGGUAUUCUCUUCAGUUUUGUGGUGGUUUUCUUCAUCCCAUCCAAACAUCGAGGAGACUAUGCUUGUUUGUCCCUGUUGCAUGAGUUUUCCUUAAGUUGGGAAAUUUGAACAUUCACAGACUGCCUUAUAAAAUGGAGAAAAGGCUGCCAGCUGCAUAUAGAGAAAGGAACUAAAUUUGGGGUCCUGUCCAGUUCAAAUCCUUGAGUAACAAUUUCCCCUAUCAUUGAAAACUAGCCAGAUGCCUUUAAACCUUGACUUUCACUUAUUGUCUGUUGACUCUUGCAUGUCUGUGAGAUUCCUUGUUUUAGUUGUUUGUUAAUGGUUUCUGGAGAGGAAAAAAGUUUAUAAAUUGACUUUCCAUACCCUCCCAUAAUGGAAGGGAAAUAUUGCAAAA